GACCUCAAACUCAACCUACUUCCACUUUGUCAAGUUUUCUCUCGGGAACUGAAAGCUGACGACGGUUUUUGGAGAGUAAACAACUGAAGGUCAGCUUCAGUUCAACAAUUAAGCUGAAUUAUUACAUUACACGAAUGACUGAGUAGCAGCUAUGAGCAGCGGUAACAGUGGAGGAAAUGAGAUGGCUGGUGAACCUGCUGAGCCCACUGACCUCGGAGGUGAAGUUAAGGAAGGGAAGGUGACGGUAGACGAACUGGAUGCCAAACCUGAUCGCAGAGGAAGAUUUCUACUGUUUGGAAGUAAGAAGAAUAAGGAUGGCCAGACGCGGGAGCAGGACUACUCUUCUGAAAGCCAUUACAGAAUUGUUUCACCAACAUUCCAGUAUAAGAUGAGCCAUCAGCGAGUGGGAAAGUGCAUCAUCAUCAACAACAAAAACUUUGAUGAAAAGACAGGGAUGAAUGUACGCAAUGGCACAGACCGAGACGCAGGUGAGCUGUUCAAAUGCUUCAAGAGCCUGGGCUUCGAUGUUUGCAUCUACAAUGAUCAGACAUGUGAGAAGAUGGAGCGUCUUCUCAAAGAGGCCUCGGAGGAAGACCAUAGUGACAGCUCGUGUUUCGCCUGUAUCCUGCUAAGCCACGGUGAGGAGGGCAUGAUCUACGGCACAGACGGAGCCAUGCCCAUCAAGACCAUGACCUCGCUGUUCAGGGGGGACAUGUGCAAAAGCUUAGUCGGGAAGCCAAAACUCUUCUUCAUCCAGGCUUGUCGGGGUUCCGAAUUUGAUGAUGGUAUACAGACAGAUUCGGGUCCGCCAAACGACACCCUGGAGACAGAUGCUAAUCCAAGACAUAAGAUCCCUGUAGAGGCAGAUUUCCUCUUUGCCUACUCCACUGUGCCAGGAUAUUACUCAUGGAGAAACCCUGGACGCGGAUCCUGGUUCGUCCAAGCGCUCUGCAAUGUCCUCAACGAGUUUGGCAAGCAGCUGGAGAUCAUGCAGAUCCUCACACGGGUCAACUACAUGGUGGCCACCAGCUUUGAGUCCUGGUCCGAGGACCCACGCUUCAGUGAGAAGAAGCAGAUUCCCUGCGUGGUCUCUAUGCUCACGAAAGAACUAUAUUUCAACUGACCGCCUACCCAAACGACUGCAUUGCACGAUGCCGCAGACUGACUGAUUGACUGACUGGACUGACUGUUUCAGGUAGUGACUAAGUGGUCAAAGCAUUCAGGGAUGAUUCAGGCCCGGCAGGACACUGCACAGUUGGAGCACAGACGACACUUUGCAUGUGUAGUUGGGUCCGAAAAUGAGCACUCCGUGAGAAAAAAAAAAAAAAAAGAUUACAGUGGCACUCCGCGUUCAUGUGUUGAUGGUGAAACUUCUUUCUCUUCUUCAGGUUCUUCCUCUUCUACAGAAUAAUGGCGUCACAUUUGAUCCGAUCUUUGUCGACAGGCGUUGUGAAAUAUCCAUGUUAUUCUACCGACCCGGAAAAUUCGCUGCCAGUUUCUGCGGGUUUGGGGAAUCAUAUCUGAAUAUGUGUCUCUCCAUUUUCUGGCAUUUGCAACAGAUGUCGAAAGGGACUGCCGAAAGCUUGUUGUACCGUUCAUUACCUGGAAUUGGAUUCAUGAUAAAUUCAAUGAAUCGAGAGAGUCUCUCCAAAAACAGAUUAUUAUCCGCUCAAACAAUGAGUGUACUCAUGAUUACACAGUAAAAUAAAUUGGGAACAAGGUGAGAGUUGAAUGAUUUAAAAGCUUUAAUGGAUUAAUCUUGUCAUUUUUGAUUUAUCUUAUGUGAUUUCGCCCCACCUAAACUUGUCAGUUUAUUAAAAUCUGCAUUAGGGAAACUGAAAAGAGUGAUCCCAAACCCUUUAAUCGCUGUAGUAGAGUGCCUUGAUUACAGUCCCUCUGGAAUGAGUUGUUUAAAGGGGGUGAAAAAAGCAGCUGGAAAAUAGAGGAGACCAUUUUCAGCUAUCCGUGUUUUGAUGUUUUCAGCUGUCAGUCGUCCAAAAAAAAAAAAAAAAUAGACAAAAGAAAAUGACAACACUCCUCUGAGCAGAAACAUGUCACGAUGCUCUUGCCAAAGGCUCAGUGUCUCAGCCUUCCUAGCAAGUUUAAGUUGGUAGCAGCAUGCUGGCAUCCUCAGGUUCUUUAAUGUCCCAUGAAGUGGGAAAAUGUCGUGUUAAACAUUUUACGUAGUGGCUAGGAAGGUGUGAAUCUUUUGCUGUGUAGUGAUUAGUUCUAUGAGAUUUUGGGUCAAGUGAAUAGCAUACAGUCCACUCCCUUCAAAACAUUAAGGAUCAUUUGCAGUUUUACAAUAAGACUUCACUUGCUUGUUCUAUAAGCCCAAAUAAGUGAACCUAAUGUACUUGCAUAUGAUCAGAAUUAUGCACUUAUUUAUUAGUCAGGGUAAAAACAUCAGUUUCAUGAAUUUCUCUUUUCUCAUUUUCAAAGUUAGACAUUCCUCUUUCAUAUCGUCACUAAGAGAUACAAUACAUGCUGUAUGAUUUUUGCACCAGAUAGACAACUAACGAAUGUCUAAAACUGUUACAAAUUUGGGAAAUGUAUCGUAAAGCUGAACUGGAGCCCAAAGCACAAAUACCACAUCAUUUCACUGUAUAUUAGUGUUGUACAUCGUCUUAACAUACACUAAACUGUAGUUAAGUUGCCAAGCAGUGUCUUACAAUUUUUACUUGAAAGAUUGCGCUUUGCUUUAGAAUAAUUAAAAAAGCCAAAUCAUAAAAAAUACAUUUAAUUAUAUAUUAUUUUAAAUCACUUAGUGCACCCUUUGAACUCAGUUUUACACAAUUUGGUAAGUUAAUAUUAUUAUUGAGUUAUAUGGUUAAAAAAAAUUAAAAAUCUAUUUUAUUUCAGCACAUAAAUGACAUUUGCUGAUAGUUAUUAGACCUUACAUAAGGUUUGUUGUUGUCCCAAAGUCUGUCAAUCACAGAGGCAGCUAUUACUGGCAGUUCCAAGUCUAAACAUACACAAUCCACGUAUCUGCAAUACGCACUCUCACUGUUUCUGCAUUGUUUUUACAUUCUUCACACGAUUGCACGUCAGUAGCUUUACGGGAAAAGUUCCGCAAUAGAUAUCACUUAUUGUUACGCUUUCCCCCCUCUUCACGCUUUGUAUUUUUAUCAGUCAUUUUAAUUAUUUUAAUACCAUUUACAUGAUAUAUCUAGGUGCCAGGAGUGUGGUCAAUACUGGCAUUCCCAGUUCUUGUCCAGUGCAGCCACAACUCUUGAAUCCUCUCGACACAUGGAUCUCUGAUCAGUGAUGUGGUGCCCGACCUGUGCUGAAAGGAGUGUUUGCUCCACUUGUUUUGGAAUGAAAUUGAAGGAGGGAAAAAGACAUAUUUUUAGGGGUAACAUUUUUUUUUAAUGCUUUCCGGUGUUAAAUGCUGUUGUCCUCAGGAAUAUAUUUGCAAAGAUUUUGGAAAAAUGAAUGAAUGAAUUUUAUAGGAAAUAUAAUCUGGCCCACUUUUUUAUUAUUAUUAUUAUUUUUAAAUGGGGCGAUACCUUGUUUAAGUAACUACAAACAGAGGAAUGCUUAUGUAAACUUUUUAUUGUAUUAAACAUGAAUUUAUUGUGUAA